CCCACCAACGCAACUCUCCAAACCCGGUCUCUUCUCGCCCGUCCGCUUCAACCCUCCUCCCCUCGUCUCACCCCAAGAUUUCCGACGCGAGAAAUUUCUGCGCGCUUCUUCUACCUUGACUUCUCUCCCACCCCCAUCCCUACGAAUAAAUUUCAGAGCUUAUACUUAUUCUAUUGAAUUCAUUUUCCUGUUGCUUUCGCUGUGCGCGGAGUUAUUUUGGUGGGGAGUCGGGUUUGGUAUCAGUUCGUUGAGCUCUCCCUUUCGUCUCUUUCUUUCUUUCUUUCUUUCUUUCUCUUCGAUUCUUUCUUUUGGGUGGGUUGGUAGUUGUCUCGAAUUGAAGCAAUCUUUUGUUGGUGAUCUUAUCAUGUAAUCCGGGCGUAAUCUUGAAGAAAUCGCCCUUAUCUUCGAUCUUAAUGUUUGGAGCUGAAUUCUGAGGGUGGGCCGUGUUUGGACGGCAAUGGAUGGGUGGAGAGGCGGAGAGGGGUUUGUAAAGAGCGCGAUCUUGGUGCUGCUUCUUGGGUUUCUUGGGGCUUCGACGGCUCUGAGGCCUAUCAGGGAGAGGGCUUCUGCUGCUACUGGAUCCUGGGGCAAUCAGAGGCUUUUCCUAAGAAGAGAUGAUAGUGAUAUAAGUUCUUAUUCUGGUUGGAAUAUUACAGGAACAUAUAGAGGAAGGUGGAGCUUUGUAGAGACCACGAAUCGCUCUUCUAGGUUUCUAGAAUUUGGGAAAUCUAAUGGUGUAUCGGUCUUGGAGUUAGUGAGUACCCCAACAAAGAUAAGUGGUGUACACUAUGUUCAGGGAGCCGUAACUUUUCAUGAUGUAUUUGACAAUGAACAUGAUAAUGGAGUUGCUCAGAUGAGAGUAGAAGGUGUGUAUAUAUGGCCCUUCAGGCAACUUCGAAUGGUAGCCAACAGUGGAACAGAUGGCGAGCCCCUUCAAGAAGAGGAUUACUUCUUGUCCAAUCCUUAUCAUUUGCUUGGAGUAUUCUCUGCUCAAGUGUUUCAAGAAUCACCUCGAGAUAAAAUUCAGAGGAAAAAAUCAUUCACUUAUGACAUGGAGAAACAUUGUAACAUAGAGAUCGCUGCUCAGGUUUCGCGCAUCUCAUCUAGCCAAAGCGCAGAUGGAGAUCAUGAGCGCUAUCAUUUGGAUGGGUUAAUGGAGAGUCCAGCUGUGGAUGAUGAUGGAGAGUGCUUCUCACCCAUACUCUUGAAUGCCACAUCACUGAACAUUGAGGUCUACUACAACAAAGCAGUUAAUUAUACACUGAUGGUCACCUUUAUCUCUUUUCUCCAAGUUCUGCUGCUGAUAAGACAGAUGGAGCAUAGCAAUACCCAAUCUGGUGCUGCUAAAGUGUCUAUUCUAAUGAUUGGGCAACAAGCUAUUAUGGAUGCGUAUUUGUGUCUUUUACAUUUGACAGCUGGGAUAUUAGUUGAGUCCCUAUUUAAUGCUUUUGCAACGGCCGCCUUCUUCAAGUUUGUUGUUUUUUCCAUUUUCGAGAUGAGAUAUCUUCUUGCUAUAUGGAAGGCUAAUAGACCUAUGAAUAAUGGUGAAGGUUGGGAAACAAUGAGGCGUGAGCUGUCUGUGCUCUAUAGCCGUUUCUAUGGCAUUCUUUUAGGGGGCAUUCUCAUCAUGUAUGAGUUGCACAAUUUCUUGCGUCCUAUUCUUUUCAUUAUGUAUUCCUUAUGGAUACCCCAGAUAACUAUUAAUGUCAUUCAGGAUAUAAGAAAACCCCUGCACCCUCAUUAUAUAUUAGGCAUGACUCUCACUCGGCUUGCAAUUCCAUUAUACAUACUUGGCUGCCCAGGCAAUUUCAUGCAUAUUGAGGUUGACACGAAUUGGUGCAUAACUUUGGGAGUAUUCUUGGGAUUGCAAGCAUCAAUUCUCCUCCUCCAGCAUUACCUUGGUUCUCGAUGGUUUAUUCCUCGCCAGGUUAGAGUUUUCUUGUCAUUUUGUUAGAUUUGUAUUUUCUAAUACACGGGCUUAUGCCAAAGAAAUAUAAUUAUUUAUCAAUUAUGUUGCAGUGCAAUAGAACUAGGUACUUAGGUAGUACUUAAGACGAUAUUGAUAUGGCAAAUAAUAGAACUGACCGCGAGAAAAGGAACCUGUUUUUUAACACAAAUGCACAGACUGAAAGGUUAUCAGAUAUGGUAGAAAUGCUCCGUGAUGGAAAAUUAUAAACUACAUUUUCUAGUUUUUGUGCCUGCUGCAAUAAUGCACUCGAAUAAGUAUUGUCUAAUGUCUGAAAAGCAUGAAGUUCUGGUACAUUACUGUUUUUUUAAUUAUGUCGAGGGUGAUACAACUCAAACUACUGAUUGUGUCAUUUGCAUGACUGCCAUCGAUCUUGCACAGCGGUCAACUGAUUACAUGGUACUUGGAAACCUCUUUGCCUUCAAUUUCUCGGACAUGCAAAAAUGCUAGUUUUACUUGUUUUCUUGGAGAAAGUUCGGCUUAGUAGGCUCUCAUCCUGCAGGUGACACCUUGUGAUCAUUUCUUCCAUUCGGGUUGCUUACAAAGAUGGAUGGAUAUAAAGAUGGAAUGCCCGACUUGCAGGCGUUCUCUGCCCCCAGCAUAGGUUGGACCCUGCUUUGUAUUUAUACAUGCCAUCAAACACAUUACGAACUCCAGAACAAAUCAUAUGGCAAUAAUUGGAGUGCCAGAAUCUUGUUUUAUCAUCUUUUUUUCUUUUUCUCAUCUGCUAGAUCUUUCUGGCCAGGAUGGAGAACCAUCUCACACAGAGAAAAAGAAAAGUAGAUAGCUGCAGAGUCAGACAAUUUGCAUAGUUCAUGUAAUAUAUGCAACCCUGUAUCAUUUUAGGCUGUUCUAUGCUGGUGCAGUCUCAUCCCUGGUGCACUGCUGUACAUUUAUGUUCCUAUGUAUUGUUUAGACUGUUAAUCCAAAAACAAUUUGAAAAGCAGAAGCUCAAGAGCCAGGUUCAGUACACAUUACAGAACGCUCUUAAUGUGUCCUGACAUCAAAAAAGGGCCAGGUGCAACAUAAAUUUGAUAUUCUAAAGCUCCAUGUAAAGUAGUAAGAUGAUUUUGGUGGGGUAUGGGCAACUUGCAGCAAUUUCUCAUGGAAAUGUAGUUGUUUCUUGUAUUAGACCAUUUGCUUUGUUUCUUUAUGUGUUCUGUUUUCAUGUUGGAACUAUUGUGAAGAGCAUAUUCAGUUCGUUUUUUAAAAAAAUUUAAUUUUGAUUUUUGAGUGGGUUCAUGGUAGGAUGAUUGAUUAUAUGAAAGCAGGUAGGAAUUAUUGAGUUGGGGGGGGUGCCAAUUGGAUUUGUUGUCCGAGUUACAGAAUCCGUUGGAUACAAAUACCAGAAUAGUUCCUAGGGAUAAUUGCGUCGUGAAAGAGAACAAUACCUGAAUAUAGUUAGGGUCUAUUUGGCACCAUCAUUGCAGGAUCCAGCAGCAUCGGUAGGGAAGAGAGCACGGAUGGGGGAGGAAGUGUGGGAGCGGGAGAAAAAGAGGCGGGUCACAGGCCUAAUCUCGGUGAUUUUUUUCUUAUAAAAUCUCUUGAGGUUUUUUAAACCAAAAUCCUUCUAGGAUUGGGUCCCAUGUCGUCUUCUCCCGUUCUCUCCCUCUCUCCCCUUUCCACGCUAUAUCUCCUCGCCAUGCAAUAGGGAUGCUGUGAAAUGUAUAUAGAGAGAGAGGGCACCUAGGGUUGGGUUGAUUGGAUUUCAAUUUAGAUUCGGUCAGUUCUUAAUUAGAUAAUGGAGGUUGAAUUUAUUGAUCCAAGCCAUCAAAUGUUUGCCGUCUCUAAAUUGCUUAGAUACUAAAUAAUAUAGAUUAGGAAGUUCUUAGUUUAUGCAUUAAGUGGUGAAAAAUGGGAUAGCUUAAAUAAUAUGAAACAAUAUAGGAUUUUUCCCCUUAAUAUUGGAUGAGGAGUCUUUUGCAUGAUUUUUUAUAUUUAAAUAAUUUAGGGAUAACAAAUUACAUUCAAUA